CCACACCCUGGCCCAGACUGCCAGCCCUGACGGGACAGAGCCAGGGCACUCACCAGGCUGCAAGAACAGUGCUGGGCAGGGACCCACUAGUGAGGGGCCAGGCCUGCUUCCCCAGGGCCUAGCUGAGGAAGACAGGGCAGAGGGGCCAACAGUCUCACACCUUGCUGGGACAUCCUGGACUCUGGAACCAAGAGCAAACAGGGAUGUCAAAACAGUAUGCGAAACUGUGGAUGAUCGCGGGGCAUUGUGGUGCAUGCCUGUAAUCCCAGCACUUUGGGAGGCUGAGGCAGGAGGAUCACUUGAGCCCAGGAGUUCCAGACCACCCUGGACAACAGAGUGAGAACCUGUCUCUACAAAAAAAAAAAUUUUUUUUUUUAAAUUAGCCGGGCAUGGUGGCACAUGCCUGUACUCUCAGCUACUCAGGAGGCUGAGACAGGAGGAUGGCUCGAGCCCAGGAAUUUGAGGCUGCAGUGCACUAUGAUUGCACCACUGCACUCCAGCCUGGACAACAGAGGGAGACCCUGUCUCUAAAAAAAUAAACAAAUUUUAAAAAGUGUGGAUGCUGAUGAGGAUGGGGGCUUCCAAGCCAGAGGGAGGGUUGGGGCAUGACUGGACUGGACUGGGCAGUGGGGUCAGUGUUUGGGGGUCUAGGGUCAGCAUUUGAGGUCAUAGUGUCAGUAGUGGGGUCACAGGGUUGCUAUGGGGGAUGUUUGCAGUGGGAGUGGGGGUCACUCAAGCAAUUAUGGAGCACUUUCAGGGACAGCAAUGGGAAGAACCGCAGGGUCAUUCUUGAGGUGAGUACCCCCACGUCGGGGUCCAUGUGCCCGCCUCAGGCACAGGCAGAGGUGGGCCCCACCAUGACUGAGAAGGCAGAGAUGGUGUGUGCCCCCAGCCCAGCGCCUGCCCCACCCCCUAAGCCUGCCUCGCCUGGGCCCCCGCAGGUGGAGGAGGUGGGCCACCGAGGAGGCUCCUCACCCCCCAGGCUGCCACCUGGUGUACCAGUGAUCAGCCUGGGCCACAGCAGGCCCCCAGGGGCAGCCAUGCCCACCACAGAGCUGGGCACUCUGCGGCCCCCGCUGCUGCAACUCUCCACCCUGGGAACUGCCCCACCCACUUUGGCCCUGCACUACCACCCUCACCCCUUCCUCAACAGUGUCUACAUUGGGCCAGCAGGACCUUUUAGCAUCUUCCCUAGCAGCCGGUUGAAGCGGAGACCAAGCCACUGUGAGCUGGACCUGGCUGAGGGGCACCAGCCCCAGAAGGUGGCCCGGCGCGUGUUCACCAACAGCCGGGAGCGCUGGCGGCAGCAGAACGUUAACGGCGCCUUCGCCGAGCUGAGGAAGCUGCUGCCGACGCACCCGCCCGACCGGAAGCUGAGCAAGAACGAGGUGCUCCGCCUAGCCAUGAAGUACAUCGGCUUCCUGGUGCGGCUGCUACGCGACCAAGCCGCAGCUCUGGCCGCAGGCCCCACCCCUCCCGGGCCCCGCAAACGGCCGGUGCACCGGGUCCCAGACGACGGCGCCCGCCGGGGAUCCGGACGCAGGGCCGAGGCGGCAGCGCGCUCGCAGCCCGCGCCCCCGGCCGACCCCGACGGCAGCCCCGGUGGAGCGGCCCGGCCCAUCAAGAUGGAGCAAACCGCUUUGAGCCCAGAGGUGCGGUGACCGCACGCGGCAGCACCUCUGAGCCGGAGGGCACCAGGGACUCGGCCCAGGGCCGUCAAGGAAAGGGCAGUGGACGUGCUGCGCAUGUUCGGGAGCGAACUCCCCCGAAGAAGGACCAGUGAAGACGUCAGGGGCAAGGUCUCGGGGGUCCGGAAGGGUGAUCAUCGACCCCCAAGGGACCCGCAGACCCUUAAAAAAAAUCACCCACAACCCUCUGGAAGUGGCCUUGCCCGGGUCCCCUUCCCAGGGGCGAGGUCGGCAAAGCAACAUGGCAGAGCAGUCAUAGGACCCAAGUGGUGCCUCAUUUUUUCCGGGCUGGGGUCGCGGGGGGAGGCCAGGAGGGGCUGGGGAGGCUUCGCUUUUCUCACCGUCGGCCCCUCUGGGAGACCCAGGGGCAGACGCUCGUCGACGGCGUCUGCUGCGCUCCCGGCGCUUGGAGAGAGGCGCAGAAUCCAAGUCGGGGACGCACCCUACCGACCCCGACCCAGUCCCGCACGGUCGCGUUAGCGAAGGGUCAGGCGCUCUCGCGUUUGUUUUUCUUUAUUUCUUUAUUUCACAUACACAUUAGCCAUUCAAUGGAGAAGCCGGAGAGAGUCAGGCAAAGAUGGUAUAACAGAAGCGCAGUGACGGGGGCGGGGCGGGGCGGGGCGGAGAGGGAACAGACGGGCUGGCUGCCUACUUGCAUUCCGCUAGGACACUGAAAACCCAGAAAACAAAACAGACAGUAAACUACCCUUGUUUCUUAUGUAUCUCAGUGCAGAGACGGGGGUGGAGGGCAGAGAAGAGGGGGAGACCAGGCUGAAGGAGGAGGAGCAGAGGGAGGGGGACGCUAAGGGGGAAGCACACCAAAUCCAUUAGUACUAUAUAUAGAGAUACUCGUAUAUACUGCGUUUCUUAGCCUAAGAAGAAACUUGUUUGACGGGACGGGCGGCCUUUGCGGUCCGCGAUGCUGGUGCUGGUCGGGCGCACGGAUCUCCCGGGAGGGGCCGAAGCGGGGCUGGCCCAGGCUGGCUUGCGGGGGGAGGGGGGCGCCCCGAGGGUGGGUGGGGUGGGGGGGAGCAGAGGCGGGGCUGGGGUGCCCCUCGGGCUCUCGAUUGGGGGACGAAAGUUCUCGUGACUUUAUUGCUCCUUUAUUUUCUCUCGUGUGGGGGGGUCUGUUCAGCACGGUCAGGGUGGGGGAGUGGUGGGUCGUCUGAGCCACCCGGCCCCUCUGGGACCCAGAGCGCGGCGUCCGCUCCGCCAGCACGGGGGUGAGAACAAGGCACUAGGUCGGCCGGCCAGCGCAGGGGCGGGUGUGUAAGGCAGUCGACAGGGCUGGUUGCGGGGUGGGGCGGGGCUGUGUGCGGGGCCGUGUGCGUGCGUGCGUGCGGGCGCGGGCCUGGGCAAAUCGACCUGUCAGCGUGGCUGGUCCUGUCCUGGAGCGUCGAGCCUUCCCGGUGUUCCCCGGAGGGGGUCGGGGAUAGGAUGAGAGAUGUUGAAUGGGGGCGGGAGGGGCGCCGGGAAAGGGGGGAGGAAACUACCAACUUGCUGAGCGCGCUCCUGAUAAUGCUGGUGAGGGUCAAGUUGGCGUCUGGCUCAAAGAAGGGCGCUCGGGGCGGAGAGGGAGGGAGGGAGGGGACGUUUGUUCGUUGGCAUUGACCUCUGCGGGGGAGGGGCCGGGGACCCCUGCCGCGCCCCCGUACCCGGACGGGGAUGGGGCGAGGAGGGGUGCUGGGCCCCAGGGAGGGGCGCCCGGGGAGACCCGCGGCCGGAGCAGUCCAGCCGCCGGGGGCACGCCGCUGUCCCGUUCCGUUAAACUCAACAAAGAAGGGAUAUGCGUAUUCCUAACAAGUGCAGGAUAUUUAAUUGAUUCAUAAACUUAUGUAUAAUAGUUUGUGGGUUCUUUAAAACGUACUUUAUAAUGUAAGAAGCACCAGGGUUUUAUGUUUAAUUAUCUUAAAAAUAAUUUUUCUCUCGUCCUUUUCCUUUUUGAUCUUGUGUUGGUUGAUUUUUUAAAUGUCGAGGUGUUUUUUUUAAACUCUAAAAUGUGAACGUUUCCUUCAGCCCUCCCACCGAAACAGAACGAACGACGAAACAAAUAAAAACCCCAGAUCAUCCUCGUCAACGCAGGAAAACGACUUAAAAAAAAAAAAAAAAACUAAAAA